UCGGUCGCUUGACCACCAGAGCAGCAGGAUGGCCGACCAGAGUAGGCAAACAAAACUCGCUGCAGCUAAGAAAAAGCUGAAGGAGUUUCAACAGAAGAGCUCUCCUGCUUCUGUGGGAGGAGAAAGGGGAGGAGGAGGAAGUGGAACAGGAUCCAAGAAGAAGCGAAAGGUGAAGGAACUGAACCAACUUGAUGCAGACAGAGAAUCCCCAGACAAUUUUGACAGUUUUCUGAAAGCACUUAGUCAAAGCAAUGGAGUAGUCAUCCCACCUAAUGGCAACUGUCAGACCUUUGCUGACAUGGAGGCCAUGGGGUCCCCUGUUCCUCAGCUGCCAGAGGAGCUGCACAGCGAGUCUGGCAGAGACUCGUCUGUGUCUCACUCUGCUAGUGCUAAUGCUGCUACUAACUCUGAGCUUGUCAGUCACAACACUGAGUUGCAGGAUUUUCCAGAUACCAAUGGUAACCGUAGUCUAAAGGAGGAAACUAGACCAUUGUCUUCCACUGAGAGCCUGCGGCAACUCUCGCAACAACUAAAUGGUCUGGUCUCUGAGUCAACAUCUGCUCCAUAUGUGAAUGGGGAAGCUGCACCUUCUGAAGAACUGGAGAGUCGGAACCAGGAGCUGGCAGCCGCCCUGGAAUCUAGCAAGCUAACAAACUCUCAGCUCAAUACCAAGCUAGACCAGCUGGUACAUACAAAUCAGGAGCUCACAGAUCAGAUGCAGAAGGAGCGAAAGGAAUUUGAUCAGAAAUUUUCAAAAGAGCAGGGAGCAAUGCGGGAGCAGUUACAGGUUCAUAUCCAAACCAUUGGGAUUCUGGUAUCAGAGAAAUCUGAGCUACAAACAGCACUACAAUACACACAACAGGCUGCACGACAAAAAACAGCUGAAGCAGAGGACCUCAAUAACCGUCUGCAGACAACGAAGCAGAGAGUUUCAGAGCUGGAGAGGACUCUCUCUACUGUCUCCACACAGCAGAAGCAGUUUGAGAGGCAAAACAAGGAGUUUGAAAAAGAAAGAGACAACUUAAGGCUAGAGGUGCUGAGACUCAACAAUGUAAGUGAGGAGUCAAAGCAGCAGAGUUCUGAGCUGUCUGAACGGCUGAGACAGAUUACACAAGAUAAUGCUGCAAUGAGGCUGGAGGUAGACGAUCUUCACAAGAGGCUGGAGAUGGCAGACCUCAUGCUACAACAGUACUCCAGUCAGUCAGAUCCCCCUGGUUUCAACCAAAAAGUGGAGAUGCUGCUGGAAGAAAAGCAGCAGCUGGAGUCACGUAAUCACCAGCUUCUGGAGUCUAUAGCCCAGCUCAAGACGGAGCGAGAUCGCUUUGUGGAACGAAUCCAGGAGGAGGGCCGCGUGUGGAAGGACAAAACCGAGCAGCUGCUUGCACAGGUUGCUUUGGUAGCAGAGGAGAGAGACAGAAACAUCAACCGAGUCCAAGAGCUGGAGGCCAGCAUUGUAGAGCUGAAAAAUGCUGCGGCAUUAUUGUCUGUGGAGAAGGAAGCCCAGGAAAAUGCUGAGCUUCAACCUUCAGGACCAUCAGAGGCAGAGGUGGCUCUGCAGGAGGCCCUCAGUAGUUUACAACAAGAGAAAGAUGCCAUUACUGCUCAAUACCAGGCUCAGCUUCGAGAUAACGAGCAGCUAAGUCGCUUGUGUGCGGAGCAAGAGUCACGCCUGGAAGAGUUGGAGCGGCAGGUGGAGAGCCGGUCUCAGGAGGAAGAGGACCGCAGACGCAUGUUGGAGGACGUCCAGUCAGACAAGGCCACGAUUAGCCGAGCUCUUACCCAGAACCGCACAUUGAAAGACCAGCUGGCCGAGCUACAAAAUGGCUUUGUCAAACUGACUAAUGAGAAUAUGGAGCUGACCACUGCAAUCCAGUCAGAGCAACAUGUGAAAAAGGAGUUGGCACGCAGGAUGGGGGAAUUACAAGAGGAACUGCACAACGUCAAGGAGCAGCUGGAGCUAAAAUGUCAGGAGACGCAGGGCGUUCUAGAGCAGAGAGACUAUGUGGUGGCCCAUCUGCAGCAGUACUGUGCUGCCUACCAGGCCCUGGCUGCAGACAGGGAACAGCUCCACCAACAGUUUCUGCAUCAGACCCAGCUCAUGGAUCGACUGCAGCAUGAUGAAAGUCACAGCCGUACACAGCUGGAUGUCAGCCAGAAUCAGCUCCAACAAGCAGAGAAGCAUUUGGAGCACUUGGUCAGAGACAACGAACAGCUGAAGGCUGAGCUAAAAGAGCUGCUCAACAGUUCAGCUCUUGUGGUGACAUCCAGAGACCAAGGAGAUGGAGUGGAAAGCCAAUCAGCAGAGGAGAGUCCUACAAAGUCUUCAAUUGUUAUCCCAGAAGACUUUGAGAGCCAGAAAGAGAUGGAGGAUUUUAUCCGUGGGGCUUUAGCUCAAGUGGAAGCGGAGAGGGACGAAGCCAGAAGGCAGCUGGAGGAGGAGCACAGGCUCCACAUGGCAGCCCGGCGACAGGCGGCCGUGGCCCUGAGACUGGAGCAGCAACACCACAACUACACACCUGUUCACGAAGACGGUCAUGAGCACGAUGAUUGUCAGGAACAACACAGUCACAUCGAGCACAAUCAUGAGCAUUCAGCAGAAGGAGUCCCAGUUGAAGUUCAUCAGGCGCUGCAAGCUGCGAUGGAGAAGCUCCAGCAGCGCUUCACCUCCCUCAUGCAGGAGAAAGCCGACCUGAAGGAGCGGGUGGAGGAACUGGAGCACCGCUGCAUCCAGCUGAGUGGAGAGACGGACACUAUAGGGGAGUACAUCGCCCUGUACCAAAGUCAGCGGGCCAUAAUGAAGCAGAAGCACCAGGAGAAAGAGCAGUAUAUCAACAUGCUGGCCCAGGACAAAGAGGAGAUGAAGGCCAAACUGGCAGAGCUGCAGGAUCUUGUCCUGAGGCUUGUGGCCGAGAGGAACGACUGGUACAAUCGUUACACUGGAGCUGCAGCCGGCAUGGGAACAGCGAACCCCGACCUGCUUCCUGUUGGGGAGGAGCACUCUCACUUACAGCAGCAAGCACAUAAGCAUGAGCUUAAUGCUGUCGAUGGAGCAGAAGCCAUAGAGGUCAGCCCACUCUCUGAGCCCUCCCCACUACAAGGUCUAGAAGCUGCCUCAUCCCAAACAUUACUAUCUAGUUCUGUUCAGACUGAGUCCAAACCUCUGGUGCCCAGAGAGGACGGCACCGCCCAGCAAAUCAUGCAGCUUCUCCAGGAGAUCCAGAACCCGCAGGGAGCUCCACGGUCACUGCCUUUCCUGGGCGAAAAUCCCUGCAUCCCCUUCUUUUACCGGCCCGACAAACAGGAUGAAGUAAAGAUCCUGGUGGUGUGAGACCAGAGUGUGACUGAGGUUCUGUGGUUGAAUGAUUUGUAGCUUGAUGAACAUAUUUACACAUCUCAAGAAGUUUGACAUUUUAACAACCGUCUCACCCAGUUACACUGAAAUGGCCCCUCGUUCAGUUUGUCCCCCCUUGUUUUGCUUUGUCUUUUUUUUUUUUUUACAGAUGGGAGAUGAUUAGUAUUCAAAAACAAAACUUGAUUAAUCUCCUUAUUGCAGUUUUUAAACCCCAUCCUCCUUUUGUCACUUAUCUCAUACAUGUGCAAUAUUUGGGCCAUAUAUUCUGCCCCCUUUUGCUGGUACAGCACUCAAAGAGCUGCUAAAAAUGAGCAGUUCUUGUGCAAAAAUCAGUUUCAAUUCACUGUACUUAUGCCAAAAGCAUCAGAUUUGAAUGUAAUAAACCCACGUUUUUAAAUGUAUGUGAAAUCCGAGGAGAUGGGUGCAGAGAGCAGACAUCUGGUUGGUUGGAAUAACAUUAAAUGCAGAGAGCUGUAGGGCAAAGUUAAGUCAGCGUGAAACUUUGUGCCGUUCAGUUUUGAAGUUACACUAUCAAGUUCAGGAAGUUAAAGUGGGUGUUGCUGAUUGGUACCAUUUAAAAAACUACAUUCAUCUCCUUUGUUUCCUACUUCAAACACUGAAAAUAACUCUUAUGUUUGUACAUUACAUAAUGUCAAUACUUGUGAAAUCUAUUUUGUGUCGAUGUGUUUUAAACGUGCUUAGACUGAGAUGUCAACACCGUUACAAACUGGUGGUUGAUCAGGUGAAAAAUGGGCAUGGAUGCAAUUUAACAGACCCCUUGAAGUUUAACAAUGACUAAAUACGUUGAAGGCACAACACACCUCUGUUCUGAAAGCUUGGGUCGCUGUGCUAAAGGUUUCUUCCCAACUUAUUUCUUUAAAUUUGUCUUUUCUUUGGUAGAUAUUAUAUUACCACAUGUGUUAUGAGGCAUUUUGCUGGUUUCACCACAGACAUGUUUCACAUUCCAGCCACUUUCUUCUCUUCCUCAACAGAGCGUCUCAGCUAAAAAAUUAUUUUCAUGGGGUAUUUUGUUUGGGACACUAUUCUCCAGAGCUUGUUGUGUUCUGUUACGUUCAUGUGUAGUUUUACAUAUCAAAGGAUUCAAUACACAUCUUUGACAACUGGAAUGCCUGAGGUUGUGUAAGUGAAUUUUUUGCUUGGAAUCCAGAUUUUCUCUUCGCCAAAAGUGCAUCUCUUCUACUUUGCUUUUGUAAAAUUUUGUUAGACUAUACAAGUAUAAUUGCACUAAAUCUGUACAAAGCUUUCUCACACAGCUCACUCUGUGCCGUCUGGCCGUUUGGAGUUACAGUGAAAGAGGACGGGGUGUCCUAUGAAGCUUCAUGCUGAGGAUUCCCCUGAAUUUAAUUGCUAGUGUGCGCUUUGCCGCACUCAGAAUAUGGCCAUGGGAUUUAAAUAGGACAACUUAAACUUUAAAAAGUCUUUUCCAUAGGUGAGGGACCAAUUGGGUAAAGCAAAAGUAUUGAACUCAUGAAAAAAUGUUACAUUUGUCAUCUCCAUUCGGCAAUAGGACUUGGGUAAUAACAAUUGUGAAUAUAUCUCUUUUGGGCAUUAAAAGCAAGGAAUUAGAGAGAAUCUCAACAUAAUGCAACUCUGGCUUGUGUUUAGAGAGUAGCAAUAGAUACUUUGUUUUUUUUUUCCUUUCAAAGCAGAUCGUCUUCCUAUAACUUUGACUAAACAAAAUUGGAGCAUUUCUAAUUUGAGACCCAUUUAUAUUGGCUCUCACUUAUUAAGCUUUGAAAUUGUACACAAAAUAUUUAUUGCCAAAAGUAUCAGAAGGCAAAGUGGUUGUGCAGAAUGUGGUAGUUUUUGCUCACUCCUCAAAGAAAACCAGUAAAUUAUUUUAAAAAAAAUGUAUGGGUACAGUUACAGGAAUUGCAAAAACCACCAAUAGUAAAAACACAUUACUGUUUUAAGAACCCCUACGUUUUCUAUCUUCAGAUUUAGUUUUAAUAUAUAUAUUUUUAUUUGAAGGUUGUUGUUUUGUUUUGUUUUUGGGUGGUCCUACCAACAGAAAAUGCAAAAUACAAUCUGCAUUUCCCUCCCACCUCCAAGUUGUGUGAAAUCAACAAUGUGGAUGAAAUGAUUUCCUACUUCACUGCUUAAAGAUGUCAUGUGUGAUUGACACCAAGAAAAACUGUCUUUAUUGUAAAAGAGGUGUUGUAUAUACUGUAACUGUGUAAUAUAUUGUAUAUUCAUGCCUGAUGUGUGGAGGGGGAUUCUGGGAGAAGCUGCUUUGCCAACAGUAACUGGCUGUGUGGGCUGUGUGGGUUGUGUGUAUGUCUGUCUGUGCAGAGUUGGGAUGUUGGCCGUUACUGACUGGCUGUGGUUUAUUACAAACAUCAACAAAAUGAAAAAAUAUAUAUUUAUUUGGAGUAAGCUAGUAUCUCAUCUAAUCAGUUUUAAUAUAAACUUGAAGUGAGUUUAGGAUGAAGGAUCACAGAGAAGCCUGAUUUUUGAGUACUGCUUCAAACCCAGCUUUUUUUUUUCUCUCCUCUCUUGAAUAAUACUUUCCUCCUGAAUAAAACUGAUUGAGCAACUGAA